AUGUUUGUGGGGCGUGGCUCAUUUGCUACACAGCACGUUAUCCUGGCAGGCUCGCCUCAGUUUAAGCCAGCAAUUUGGUCUUCUAUCCCUUCAUCAUUCUACAGGUCAGUCUUAUAUCUUCAGUCCGUGGCAGGAGCUCAGCAGUGGAAGCAAACUGAGUUCCUCCAUUCUUCUCCUGUUCCUAAUAUCACAUUCACUACUACUACUGGUAGAUCACUGGGAGAGAGUUUAACUCUUGAUUGUACAGUUGAUGUGCUAGAUGGAGUAUGCAAUAUUUCUGUUAAUAUCAGUAUGGUAGUAAAGAGUAAAGGACUCACUACCAGUAUUACUGGAUCAGGUGAUACUGCGCUAGUGAAUACAUUUAAUUCUUUAAGAUCAUCUGAUGCUGGGGUCUAUCAAUGUAUUGUUAAUAUCACUCAACUUGGCCCAGACUAUGAAGUUAAUGGGAUGCAAUCUACUGAAGUGAUACUAACGUUACCAACUCCUCCAGUUAUUGUUGAGUAUAAUGCUACUGGACAUUUAGUAGAUGGAGAACUAGCAGAAGGACAGUUUCUUGAUAUUAUGUGUAUAGCUGACAUCAGUCAAUAUAUUGAUACUAGUGUUAGUGUUACUAUGAGUUGGAGGAGAAAUAACACUGUACUGACCAAUGGAAGUGAUUUUACUAUCAGUCCUCCAGUUAUGACUAAUAAUCAGUACACUGGUGUGUUACGUAUUAAUAGUUUAAGAGAUGAAGUUGAUAAUGGUGCUAGUUAUAAUUGUUCAGUUAGUGUAGCUCCUAAUACUCCUUUUAUAAUAGCAGGGAAUGAUAAUAGCAGUGCAGUUACAUUAACUGUAGCAAGGUUCGAUGUCAAUCAUGUUGAUAUAAGUAUCAAUAUUCCUUCUGUUCCUGUUGCUGGUGAUGUAUUCAAUUUAUCUUGUGUUAUAGUUGUACCUCCUAAUUUUGUUGAGAAUCUUACUAGUGUCAGAUGGACGUAUGAUUUAGAAGCAUCUCAAGAUGUGACUAGUGAAAACAAUGAUGCUACACUAGUACCUGUUGUUAGAAAUGGAAAUAUAUUAACCAGUGUACUUACACUUGAUCCAGUGAAGACAACUGAUGCUAGACAAUAUUACUGUCAAGCAACAAUUCUAGUGUUUGGCACUGUAGAUCGUGUUAACAGAGAUUUAACUGUUCAAAUAUCACCUCCCAGUGUAUCAAUAAUUGCUGAUCCUCCAACUGGUCAAAUAUAUGAGAGCACUGGCUACUUUCUAACUUGUACAGCUACAGUAAACACUACAAUAGUGAAUACACCAGUAACUGCUAGUGUAGUAUGGACUGAUCCUAGUGGUAAUGUAAUACCAACUAAUGAAGCAAGACGUCAAGUGAUACCUCCAACUGGUAACAGUCUUGUAAGUAUGCUAUUGUUUCUACCUAUUGAUACUGGUCUUAAUAAUGAUGGAGGAACAUAUACCUGUCAAAUGAUUAUCAAUUCUGGUAACUCAUUAAUAACAUCAAGCCAACCUACUAAUACUACUCUUACUGUUACUAUUGAAAGUCUUCCUCCAAUGACAGUAAAUUUCUCAUCAGUUGGUUCAGUUGAAGUUGGUCAGAGUCUAACUUUAACAUGUACCAUAACAACAGUUGAGAGAUUAGUAGUAACACCAAUGGUUACUUUCAUUAAAAUGAAUGAUACAGAUAUGGAAAUGCUCUCUAACUUAAAUAGACCAUACAGUAUCACAACAGAUGAUACUGGUUCAGGUUCAGUUACUAACUAUACUCUAAUACUGGAUCCAGUGAGGUUUGAAGAUGCUGGAAUGUAUACAUGUAUGGCUGAGUUUAAUGUAACUGGUGCGAAUGAUACCAAUGAUCCUAGCACUGCUACUUAUGAUUAUCGAGAGGAUAGUGAUGUCUUUAAUUUAACUGUUGACUUUCCACCAGUGAUUGUUACUAUAUCAAAAGAAUGUGAUGAUACAUUAUAUGCAGGGACAUCAUUCUUCAUUAAAUGUGACAUAAUGUUAGAUCCAUUAGUUACUAUACCAGUGACUGUCACUAAUCAAUGGACACGUGAUGGUACUAAUGUUCCUAUGGGUUCAUCUGAUGCUACUAUUACUGAGGGUCUCAAUAUGAUCAAUACAUUACAUUAUAAUACAACAUUAAUGUUCUAUCCAUUGGAUAAUGCUGAUGAUAGUGGAAUGUAUACUUGUAAUGUUGAAGUGACUGCUCCUAAUAGUUAUACAUAUCUCAGGAAUACAUCAGCUAGUGCUAAUACUUCUAUAACAGUAUUGGCUACUCCAAGGCCAGUAGUAGAGAUAGUAACUAUGGGUAUUGCUGAACCUGGUAAAGAAUACAUGUUAAAUUGUACAGUGACAGUUGUUGAUAGACUCAUAGUCUCACCAGUGAUAACAUGGACUAAGAGAUCAGCUAACAAUGUUAUUGGUGUACCUCCAGAUCUUAUGACUGUAUCUAAUGUAAUGAGUUCUCUUUAUUUGAACUUCUCUUCUCUCAAUACUUCUGAUGCUGGUCUGUAUACUUGUGAAGCAUUCAUUAAUGUUAGUCAGAUAUUUAUGGUUGCUUGGGGUAAUGACACAUCAAACUUACCUACAAAAAUUCCCAUUCCAUUUGUUGAUGUGAGUCGAUCAAGAGAGAAUUAUUUCUUAGCUGGCAGUAACCUGAUACUAACAUGUGAUAUCAGUGUUGAUUCUAAUGUUGAUACGUCAUUCACUGUUGAUGUAACCUGGAAUAUGAUCAAUCAACAAAUCAUGAGUAGUGGUGAUAAUGGAGAUAAAAUUAAUCCUAAUUUAAUGAUGCUCACUGAUACAAAUCGUGUUAAUACCAGCUCUGGUCUGGAAAUAUCAUGUCCUGAUUCAGACCCAUAUGAUAACUUCACUCUUACCUGCACAGCCACUAAACCAACCAUAGUAAUACCAAACCUGGUAGUAGCAUGGACACAUAAUGGUACAAUAGUAACUGGUACUGUGACUACUACUGGAGAGGACACUUUGACUACCACUGUUACUAAUAUAUUGAGUUUUAAUGCCAGUAGGCCUUCUGAUUCUGGCACUUAUAGAUGUACUGCUAGUAUUACUAUACCUGAUUCAACUGAUAUCACUACUAGUGAGGAAAGUACUGUAGCUAUAAGACCUCAGAGCCUACCUGUUUCUGCUAUUAAUGUAACAGCUACUCCAGGAACAACUACUGCUGCUAUAUCAUUCAUAAUACCUAAAAUUGCCUAUACACCUGAAACCUACAGUGUUAAGUACACUGGAGCAAUUUCACAAACAACACAAGCAACUUCUAUCAUAAGAAUGAGCUCUUAUGACAUCACUGCAAUUAACCAAGAAUUUACAAUCAUGUUAAAUGGUCUUGAGGAAGAUAACACUUAUACAUAUACAGUUGAUUCUACCAAUUGUCUUGGUACCACUAGUACUGUAGAGAUGAGCUUCAGAACACUUCCAACAUUGCCCAUUGCUUCUCCAAUGGAUUGUGCUAAUAUAACAUUUCUACCAAGUAAUGUCACACUUACCUGGACUGCACCAGCACUAAUAGAUCAAAAUGGGGCACCAGUUGGUUAUAAUUUAACAUGUAUGAAUACUAAUGGUGUAUCAAUCAAUGGAUUGAGCCCAACACAAACUUCAACAAACACAAUGUUCACUAUUACUGAUGUUAUGCCUUUUACUGGUUACACUUGUGAUCUGUCAUUUAUUAAUGUAGUAGGAGAAGGACCCUCUACCCAGUGUACUUUUGAAACAGCUACAGGAAGAACACUACCAGACAUUCCUAGUUCACUUCUUCUGGUAGUGUCUUCAGUUGUCAUUAAUAGUUUAACAGUAGCUUAUACUGUACCAGUUCUUAAUGAAACUACUAUCAAUAUAACAUGGAGUCCACCAUCUCAUCCUAAUGGAGAAAUCACUGGAUUUAUUGUUAGAAUAGCUACUGAUGCUAUUACUAGUCCUAAUAAUGUUCCAUUUGUCCAUGAUAAAGCAUCAUACUCUUUAAUAUAUGGAGGAUUAAAGGCAAAAGUACCUUAUUAUGUGUCAGUUGUAGCAGUUAAUCAGGUUGGUGAAGGAAAUUCAGCUACUGCUAUUGUCUUCACUAAAGCUGACAGUAGUGUUAUAGUAUCACCAUCAAAUGUACAAGCAAUGAGAAUAGGAGAAACAAUAGUGUUAUCAUGGGAUCCAGUGACACUUGAAGAAGCUAAAGGAUUCUUUGUAUACAGUAUCAGAUUAACUCCUGAUGAUGGUAGCACUAGCAGUACAUUAAGACAAACUAAUACAAGAACUAUAUCAGUAGCUUAUGAUACCACAUCAGUUAAUAUAACUGAUACUGAACCACAGUUAGCUUAUACUGUGAGUAUUAGUGUAUUGCUAUUGAGUGAUGUAGGACUAAUUGAAGGACCGGCAUUUUAUGUUUCUUUAACAAUGUCACCUACUAAUGAAGGUAGUACUGAUGGUGGUGUUGUUUUAACAGCAGUAUUGGUCCCAACCUUAAUCACAAUGAUUUCAGUUGUACUGCUGGUAGUUGUGUGCAUCAUUACUGCAGUGUUGUACAAAAACAAGUCCAGAAAGUCUAAUAUAAGUAAAGCUAAUGAACUGAAUGUGGCACCUAAUAAAGGAUAUGGUUUAGUGGCUAUGACUGGUACUCCUGCUGCACAAAAUAAUGAAGGAGUGUAUGAGAAGAUUGAUGAAUAUUUAUAUGAACCAACAAAUGAUGAAGUUGUGCAGCAAGAGGGAGAGAAUACUCCAGUUGUAGGAGAUAGUGCUGAUAAUAUAGCAACAGCCAACUGUCCUGCAUACGAUACUCCUAUUACUACUGCUCCAGUUCCUAGUGUUAAUCAAGGAGGGGAUCAAGUGAGAGAGGAUGAAGAAUAUGAAAAUAUGCUUUAAACAUUAUUUUGUUGACAAUAAAGUGAUGAACUAUUAUAGUCUUGAGCUUUGGUAUUUUUUGAUGUAAUUAGCACAAUUUUAUUAAGG